AUGGCUUCCCAAGGAGAAGAUGUUUAUGCAACGCUUCUUUUGACCGACACCUACCUUCCAGGCGCUCUUGUAUUGGCACAUUCGUUACGAGAUGCUGGCACUACCAAGAAAAUCGCAGUGCUCGUCACUACUGAUUCAGUGACAUUUGAGAGUAUGGCGGAGCUCCAGAGAAACUUCGACUUUGUUAUUCCUGUCGACAGAGUAGUCAACGAAUCUCCAGCCAACCUUGACCUCAUGGGUCGUCCCGACCUUCAUUCUACCUUUACAAAAAUUACACUAUGGAAACAAACACAAUUUAGAAGAAUAGUUUACAUGGAUGCCGAUAUGGUGGCCCUCCGCGCACCAGACGAGUUGUUCGCUUUGCCAGACCCAUUUUCCGCUGCACCAGAUAUUGGAUGGCCAGACAUCUUCAACACCGGUCUCAUGGUCCUGGAUCCAAAUAUGGGUGAUUACUAUGCUUUGGAAGCAAUGGCACGCAGAGGGAUCUCUUUCGAUGGAGCUGAUCAAGGUUUACUCAACAUGCAUUUCAAGAACACGUUUAACCGUUUGAGCUUUACUUACAACGUCACCCCUUCUGCUCAUUACCAGUACCUCCCAGCAUUUCAACAUUUCCAAUCGAGCAUUAGUGCUGCCCACUUCAUCGGAACGGAUAAGCCAUGGAAAGUGGGAAGACAAGCGAGUAUUGGAGCCACACCUUACCACCAGAUGACCGGAAGAUGGUGGGCAGUUUAUGACAAACAUUACAAGCAAACCGUAAGCCGGGUUCCCUCAACCAUGGAGGAAACUAAUGUUUUUCAGUCGGCUACCGGAACUUCCAACGGCGGAGCACCCCUUAUUGUACAAUACCUUGUCUUUGGGGAAUUCCAGCCCAAGACACAGGAGGACCAUUCUCAAGGAGCCCAGUGUGAGAAAUUUCAACAUAUUACUGCCGUUAAUGAUACUACUACUGCAGCAGAGGAACCAAUCUAUGAAUAUACAGAAACAACUUUUGAAAAAGGAGAAGCUUAUAAUCCCCCAGUACAGGCAAAAUUGGAUCAAUCUCGGAACCGGGCAUUCUCAUAUUCACCGUGGGAUGCCAGCAAGGCACCACCGCCACAGGAUUCAAGGCCAGAAGCCUCGGAUCUCCCCUCUACCCACUAUGAGAUGUCCAACGAUGCUACCCCAUUCCGAGCACCGAACCGUUACCCUGACCCUCCUAGCAACAUGUACUACGAAGUACCAAAAGCCCCGAAAUACCAAAGACCACCACCAAUAUUUCCAUGGGAGGCUAACCCACCAGUACCCUCAAGAGUAUUUCCUGAAGAUGAUUAUGAUGACACAGCAGUACCAGAAACCCCCAUCGCCGGCUCGGUAGUCGCAACUACCGAGGAUGAAAGAAGCAUGCCAGCUACUCCUACAACUCCUACCAUGUCAGCGGCUACUGAUCCAUGGCAAGCUUUUGCUAGAGGAAACGCAUGGGAUGAGGUUCCUGAAAUUGAGCGAUAUAUUGGAAACAUAUCAAAGAACCGCAAAGGCAACGUUCAAGUACUACAAGGAUACGGAUCAGAGCUUGAACGGCCUAGUUUACCCGUGACCCCAGCGCCAGUUAGAACGCAGCCUAGUUUCUGGGGCGAAGAGAGAGAAGAGAGUAGCACCUUGCCUCCCGCAGAAGGAGUUCCAGCACAACAAGAUUGGGACCCAGCAGCUCAACUUGAAAUGCUUGCUAGGCGUCAAUCGGAUGUUCUAGCCCAUAAAUUGGACCUAUCCACCCGCGAGAUGCCUUCCAGACCACUUCCUUACGGAUCCGAACCCGUCACCCAAGGACUAGGUGGAGCUAUUGAGGAACCUUCUUACCAUGGUCCGGGAGCUAUGUGGGAGAAGAAUGAAAAUUACGCCACAAAAGAGACUCCUUUACUUCCAAGUGAAGAAGAGAAGGAUGUUUUGGAGACUUAG